AUGGCACCGUCCACGUGCAACAAUGGCACCGUCCACGUCGAAUGCAACAGUUGCAACAAUGGCACCGUCCACGUCGAACGCAACAGGUGCAACAAUGGCACCAACGAUGGCAAACGCAACAGGUUCAACAAUGGCACCGUCCAUGUCAAACGCAACAGCUGCAACAAUGGCACCAACGAUGGCAAACACAACAGGUUCAACAAUGGCACCGUCCACGUCAAACGCAACAGCUGCAACAAUGGCACCAACGAUGGCAAACGCAACAGGUUCAACAAUGGCACCGUCCACGUCAAACGCAACAGCUGCAACAAUGGCACCAACGAUGGCAAACUCAACAGGUUCAACAAUGGCACCGUCCACGUCAAACGCCACAGCUGCAACAAUGGCACCAACGAUGGCAAACGCAACAGGUUCAACAAUGGCACCGUCCACGUCAAACGCAACAGCUGCAACAAUGGCACCAACGAUGGCAAACACAACAGCUGCAACAAUGGCACCAACAAUGGCAAACGCAACAGGUUCAGCAAUGGCACCGUCCAUGUCAAACGCAACAGCUGCAACAAUGGCACCAUCCACGAUGGCAAACGCAACAGGUUCAACAAUGGCACCAUCCACGUCAAACGCAACAGCUGCAACAAUGGCACCAACGAUGGCAAACACAACAGCUGCAACAAUGGCACCAUCCACAGCAGCAACCACGGCAGCGGCACCACUUACACCAAACACUACAGCGACAAAUCUUGCCAACCCUGUUGAUAGAAGUGGUUGUGGAACUACACAACUCUGUGCAGCUGAGCCCUCUAGUUGUGACCCUUCCGCUGCAGGAUCGUGUUUCUUUGCUCGUGCAAGGAGAACGAGUGGUCAAAACUU